CUAAGAGCCAGCCGAUCAGUUUGAAGAAUCCCUCUUUCAAUCCCCACCUAUAUCCAAUCCCAAGAUGCAGUACACCAAGCUCUUCGCCCUUGCGGCCGUCUUCAUCUCCAGCACCCUCGCGGCGCCCCUGGACGUUGAGGCCCGUGCCUGCGCCUCAACCUGUGGUUCCCACUGCUACAGCAGCAGCGCCGUGGCCGCCGCCCGAAAUGCUGGAUAUGACCUGUACUCCGAAGGCAGCACUGCAUCCUCAUACCCGCACGUAUACCACGACUAUGAGGGCUUUGUCUUCCCUGUGUCGGGAACAUACUACGAGUUCCCAAUUCUUAGCAGUGGCAGCGUUUACUCUGGUGGCUCACCUGGUGCGGACCGUGUUAUCUUUAACACGAACAACCAGCUUGCUGGUGUUAUUACGCAUACUGGAGCUAGUGGAAACAACUUUGUUGAGUGUACUUAGAUUGUAGGUGAAUUUGAAUUGAGUUUGACUUCUUGCUUUAAAUAAUA